GCGGGCGUGACCCAGAUUAUACGGCAAAGUUUUCAUCAUCUGCGGUUUAGAAAUGCCGAGCUGCAUAAAGUGUAUCUACAGCAACAUAAUAUACUAUGAGGGGUAUUUAUUUUCUCGCAUAUGUAUACUGUUCUAAAUAAGUUUAGUGUUAAUGGAGGUUAAACAAAAGUUAUUCGUGGAGUUUGACUGUUAGCAUGCUAACAGUGCUCGGAUGAUGCACAUUGGUUAUGUUUCAGUCAGUUGCUUCGUGGAGCAGGGGCAGAUCCCAACAUGGAGUGUCCAAUCUUUUCAAAAUAUACUUGUCUGGAUUUUGUUUUUAAUAUCAUCGGUGUGGGCACGUUUCUGUUUGACGUGGGCUCGGAUCUGUGGGUGGCGACGGUGUUUUUCACACAUGGAAACUUUGUUUGGUUCGGGAUUAUGUUGGGAUUUAUGCUCGUAUCGUCUGUCAUCGUUCAGAUGUUUAGCUGGUUUUGGCUUCAGUAUGAUCGCGAUUUGAAGGACUUUGAUUCUCAAACGUCAGCCGGGAACAUGGUUCUGUUCGGCGGGGCAAAACGAGUCAAACUUGCGCUCUUCCUCCACGUGUUUCAGCUUGGUUUCUUCAUCAGGCACAUUUCAGUCAUCUGGCAAGGUUUCCGUGUGUGGCGGCAAGGGGGUAGUGGGUCCGAAUAUGCAGUUUAUCUUACUCAUGACCUCAGCAUGCUUCGCCUUAUUGAGACCUUCUGCGAGAGCGCACCACAGCUCACCCUCAUGAUGUACAUCAUGCUGCGAACAAACCACGCAAGGAUAGUUCAAUAUGUGAGUGUUAUCGCCUCCACAACUUCUAUAGCCUGGAUGGUCGUGGAUUAUCAUCGCUCACUUCGUUCUUUUCUUCCCGACAAGGACAAACAAGGCUGGAGGUCCUCUUUCGUCUACUUCCUCUGGAACCUCUUUCUGAUCGGUCCACGUGUGGCAUCUGUCGCUCUGUUUGCCUCUGUGCUGCCCUGGUCUAUUUCUGCUCACUUCCCGUUGUUAUGGAUCACCUUUGCGUUAUGGGCCUGGAAACAAGGCACCGAUUUCAUGGACAGCGCUGUGGGAGAGUGUCUCUACCGGGCCACCAUAGGUGUCAUCUGGUACUUCAGCUGGUUUAAUGUGACUGAAGGCAACACCAGAGACAGAAGUAUCAUCUAUCACUCAUUUAUAAUCGUAGACAGUGGCAUUCUUCUGCUUACGUGGUGGUGUUACAGAGAUCCGGAAGUGACCCAGUCAUACGCCCUCAUUUUUGUCAUUUUCAUCCCACUUGCGUAUGCUUCAGGGUUACUUAUUAAAGGUUUCUACUAUAGCUGCUUUCACCCCAAACUGUGGCGACCGGAGGAUUCUGGGAAGGCUUUAGAUGACGUUUCUGAUGGGUUGGAGCCGUUCAACGCCAUUCAAGCCGACUCUGCUUCUUUUCACAUCUCAAACACGAGGAUGGGUAAACACGCUGCUAACUUCUACACAACGAAGACCUCUUCUGUAAAUAAAACAGAUGGAUGUGAAGCAAGUAAAGCAUCAGUACUGUGAAAACCGAAUGGAAUGUAGCCUAUAUGGAUGUUACGGACAUUUUGCAUUAUUGUGUUUGUAAUUAAUCGUUUUUGGAUCAAGUUACAGUUCAACUAAAACCGUCCAUUGUGCUGUGUUUAGCAAUAGGUUAUUAAAACGUUAAUUGGGUUGUUUUGAAUCAAUAUUGGGAAAAACACACGGCCUGGUUAAAAUGAUCCAACUGCUUGGAUGUUUCAACUCAUGGUUGAGUAGCAACCCAGCACUUUUUUAAAAUGUGUAUGCUCGUCCUUUAAUGUUUACUUGUAGCUUUUAUUUCAAAGUAGUGCAUACUACUCAUGCAUAGUAUAUUUCAGAUCAUCUGAAGCCAUAUGGAUUUGUAUGAGAGACAAAGGAGGGAUUCGAUUUGGAAAUGAUUUAUAUUUGGUCUUAGGUUAAAGCCAUAGGUUCAGUGGCAGAGUAUAAGGUACAUGUCUUAUUUUAAUAGUUUUAUGGUGCUUGUUUGUCUUUGUUAGCUUGAAGGUCGAUGCUCUAUGUUGUAAAUGAAGAAAGAAAAUAUAUUACUUAACAUCUCGGAAGGAUGUUCAAUGUAAAAAAUGAAAAUUUACUUACCUACAGCUUUUGAUGCAAUGGGUGAGUAAAUGAGGACUGAAUAUUCAUUUUGGGCCCGACAACUAUGAGGAUUUAAAAUAGUAAAGAGGAAAUAGGUACUGUAGGGUUACAACUAAAAAUGUGGAACUGAAUGUUUGUUGUUCAUUGAAUGAUUUGAUACCCUUAUUUGGUAAAUUGUAAAAUAAGUUUGCGAAUUUGUAAAUUGAAAUAACAUCACUUUAGUCAUGCUUGUUGCACAGAGUGGAAUGUAUGCAUGUCGCUGCUUGUGUGUUGUUGUUAUUGUAGUUUUUUUGUUUGUUGUAAAACUAUUUUGUCCCUUUCAAAACUUCCUGUUUUGAAACAACCCUAAUAGGAUAAAGCAGGAAUGAAAUCGCAAUCCAUCCGUUACUUUACAGUUUUUGAGAGGGGUGUGUUUGUGAACUGCAUUAUGUUACAUAAGCUCAUGUAAUGCUUCUAAAAACACUGACACCGUAAACACAGUGACUGCUAUAAUAAUAUAUCAGUGUUAUAAGUGUGAUAUUUAGAAAUAACUAAAAAUUCCUGUAAGCAUGUUUUUUAUAUGAAAUUAAAGCUGCAAUUUGUAAUUUUUUUGGUUGAAAACA